GCUGUCAGAUAGCUGGCCAUCACUCAGCACGACUGUACCUGUCACCAACUCCACUACUUCUCAGGGUCCUUAAAUCCAUCAAACAACGCGACCAACAUGAGUUUGGACGUGCAAACCCAGUUUCUUAUCGUGGGUGCGGGACCCUCGGGACUCAGCCUUGCAAGCUUUCUCGGACAAUAUGGUCUCAAGGGACUCGUUAUUUCUAAGGCAUCUGGUACCGCGAACACACCUAGGGCUCACUCGUUUAAUCCCUUCGCUUUCGAAUGUCUACGCGACCUGGGAAUUGAGCACGAAGUCCUCCAGCUAUCAGUCCGUGGUCGUGCCUUUCAGGCAAUGCGCUGGUGCCGAAGUAUGAUCGGCGAAGAAUAUUGGAAAGUCCUAGGAUGGGCUGAGCAUCCGUCCUGUGUAGGAAACGCGUUCGGCAUCACUCCAUGUGAGUAUGUUGAGUUCCCUCAGUCGGAAAUGGAGCCUCUUCUAUUGCGGUAUGCUUCUCAUCACAAUUUCGACGUCCGGUUCUCUACCGCGUUGGUGGGCGUGCAGGAGCUAGGACGGGGCGAUGCGCAGGCAGGAUACAUCUGCACUAUCCAGGACAAUAUCUCCCACACUAUUUUUCAGGUCCGCACCCAGUACCUGUUUGGUGCAGAUGGGGCAAGAAGCCAGGUAGCACGGCUGCUGGACUUCAAGUACAUCAGCGAGCCGAGCGGUGGCAAGGCCUGCAACAUUCUGUUUCGUGCGGAUCUGACAAGCCAUAUGCAUGAGGACCGCCACGCUUCACUUCACUGGAUUAUGAAGCCCGAUCGUACUUCAUUCUUCGGCCUCGUGGGGCAUCUGCGUGUGGUCCGUCCCUGGAAUCGGUGGGUGCUGAUAGCCUUUGGAGCGAAUGGUAGCGACCCGUUUGAGGGGUUGACACCUCAGAGUCCCGAGCUAAUCCAUUGCUUACGGGAGAUGAUCGGAGAUGAAUCUGUUGACAUCGAGAUUCUGCAUAUGGAUCACUGGACUGUGCGUACAAGUAUUGCUGAGGCUUACUCCAUUGAGGAUACUAAUGUUUUCCUCCUUGGCGAUGCUGCACAUCGCCAUCCGCCGGCAUACGGCCUGGGGAGUAACACUUGUAUCCAAGAUGCGUAUAAUCUCGCGUGGAAGGUUGCCUACGUGUCCAAGGGGCUUGCAGGGCGUCAGCUGUUGCACUCAUACAGCAAGGAGCGCCAACCUGUCGGUGCAAUGAUUGUUGGGGAGGCUAACACCGGCUUUCAGGCGCACAAGGACGUCUGGGAAUCAAUAGGAAUGUUUGCUGCCACCCCAGAAGAAGGAGCAAAGCAAUUGGCCAAGCUGUCUGAAGCCAGUGAUGAGGGGGCGUCGUAUCGCGAGAAGAUCCAGAACGCCAUGAAGAGUAUUGAAAUUGAGCUUCACAGCUGGGGUGCCGCUUACAAUCAGUGGUACGAAUCAACUGCGGUCUAUCUCGCGGAUGAGGAGCACUGCAGGCCGGAAUUAGAGGGCAAUCCAAUAUUGCAAGUUCAGGUCACAACUUAUCCCGGCAGCCGACUCCCUCACGCUUGGUUGGAUAUCCCGACCCGUCGCAAGAAAACUUCGACUCACGAUCUAGCCGGAAAAGGCGCCUUUUGCCUAUUCACUGGUAUCGGUGGUGAUGGUUGGAGAGAGGCAGCCAAAAAUAUCACCAGUUCAACAGGAAUCCCCAUCCAUGUGUAUGGCAUCGGCUUCGGCCUUGACUACAGUGACGUGAAUCGGGACUGGCAUGACAAUCGAGGGGUCGAAGAAAGCGGCUGCGUUCUCGUCAGGCCCGACAGAUUUGUUGCUUGGAGAUCUAAGAAACUUGUCCCUGACUGUCAAGGCAAGCUCAUGCAUGUCUUGGACUCGAUUCUUUGCAGAAAGAAGGUUUGAGCAGUAUAACCCGCCAAUCCUGGUCCUCAAGUUCUAUCCAACGGUACAUUAAAAAGCAUAGUUUUAGACCUUUGAAGUGACGCAUAUGCCCUUGUUAAAUCCACAGACUCGUGCUUGUGUUUCUUCUGGCAUUCCCAUGC